CACACCUCAUAAUACAAUCCACCAAAGUCUAAAAAGUUCACAAUCAUAUUAAAACAACAUAACACUAUAUAUAUUAUAUAUGCUACAUUUAACAUUAUUACAUUACAUUACCAUUCUAAUUCUCAUUUCAUUUAGCUUGUAGCAAUGGAUAUUGCCACCACAGGGGUUCAGCAUGUGACCAAGAAAAGUUCCGAUGAACUUCUGAGGAAGUUUGCUGAAGUGGGUGAUUCUAACAAUGCCCCAAAGAAGAAGAAAACAAAGAGGACGGCGGAAGACGGUAGCGGCACUGCCGUGGUGGAACGGCGGUCGCUUCUUCUGAGGGCUCACCUCAGGGCAAGGGAUCUCACUCAUUUCAGAACCAAGUCUCUGUUGGGAACAAUUGAGAAGACAUGGCGUAGAACCAUAGAAGGGGCUUCUAGAGCUUUCAUUGAGAGGCACUAUCAUCGUCAUAAGCGUUUGAUCAAUGAUAUAGUUUAGAAUCUUGGACGGUGCUUAGUCCAUGAAAGAUUUACAAGCUCUUUAAGAACAUGUCAAUUCCUUUAUCUAAAGGAGAAAAUCAAAGCUCACCUCAAUAUAUAUUGUCCCAACAAGUUCAAGUCAAUUGAUGUUGUCAUUUCAUCUUCAAAAAUUUAUAAUUUUGCAUCCCUUGUAAUACAUUGCUUUUACAUUUUCCCAUUUAUGGUGAAAAAACCAUUAAAGGACUACUACCCAUGAAAAGGAAGAAUGGGAGUGGUGUAAAAAGUAGGUAAGAGACAAUCUUAUAUACUGGAUUGGUUCAUUCAUUGAUUAUUUUAAAUAAUCUAAGCACAAA